UAUAAGGCAGGUGUGGAGGGUUGGAGAGUCUCAGUCAGACUUGUUACACUACUUCAGUCUCUCAACACACCAUCACCAUCAUGUCCAUCGCUGGCACUUACGUCCACAGCUCUAACGAGCUCUACUCUGAGUGGCUGACCGCCCUGGGAGUGCCACCUGACAGUGCUGCUAAGUUGACAGCUGCCAAGCCUACUUUGGAAGUGAGCCAGAGUGGUGAUCAAGUGGUGGUAAAGACCACAGCUGGUGACAAGAAUUUCACAAACAUUAUCACACCGGGCCAAGACUCCAAGACUGAACUAGCAGGAGGACUCAAGUACACUGUGAACUUGACAAAGAGUGGGUCGUCGCUGGAAGGUAAAUGGAUGAUGGGUGACAAGAAUGGCAAGGUUUCAGUCACGUUUACCAACGCUGGAAUCACACAGCCUUGAUUGUCAACUCGGGUCAUCCGACGCACGCAAGAUAAAAUAAAGACAGUAGGGAUCUUGCCAAGAUCCAGAGCCUUCAACUGCACCUCUCUACCUACACUGGUUCCCGCCCCUUUUUCCACACAUAGCCAACCACCCAGUCCACUACACACCAUACAAGCAGCCUUCUCCCAGUUGUUGCGGCACCAGCGUUCAUGGUGGUUUAGGAUUGGCUAAUUAACUACUUCAACUUUGUUCAACUUUGCGGUGAUCAGAGGAUCAGUCAACCUCUCCUCGGCAGAAUAUAAUCGUGUUGUGGACACCGUCGACUGUCUAGUCAAGAUCAGCUGUGACUCCUCCCACCAUCAUCGACAACGGCAUUGAGCUCCAGAAUCAUUCAAUACUAUGUGCCCAGAACAUUGGCACGGCACCAUUCUACACUAAUUAUUUAUAUCACUAAUCACUAAUUAUUUAUAUAUUUAAUUUUUCGUAAAGUAGGAUUAAUUCCAUAAUUGUUUUAUAUUAAUGAUGUUUGUUAUAAUAAAAAUUGUUUAUCUUAUUAUGUUA